CCUUCGUAAAUAGAAAUCCGCAUAGAAAUAAUCACGACGAACCAUAAACAUCAUGGAAUAUGUGGAUUGAUCUUAACUUUACCACCAACACGAGGCUUGUUUCUUUGCUCCGAAAGAGUGUUUUGUUUCGUUAUGUAUCUAUUCAUAUAGUAAAUUACAAAAUGAACAUAUUUGUAAAUACAAUCUAGAUAUAACAACAAUAAAAGUUGAUUGAAAACCCAAAUCAUCUCACAACCGAACUAUGCAGAUAUGAACAAGGAAGUACGUUUCAAUCAAUUGGGCAAAUAAAUGUAAAACUUAUCAAUACAAUCGAUCUAAAAAACACAUAACAUAGUCAUCUGGUUGUGAUUAUUGGUUGAAGAAUUUUUAAAUUCCCAUUUCAACGUCGAUGUCAAUUUUGUCUCGGAUAUAAAAUGAGUUCGGAGAUCAGAAUUCAGUUGCCUGUCCCUAACGAUGUAGAAACCGACAAGGAGUUGUGCCCUGUUUGUCGUGAACGCGAAAUACGAACCAGGUUCCUUCCAUGUAUUCACAUGAUAUGUGAACCAUGUCUUCAAGACUUGAUCAAAUGUUCAGAGGGAAACACUUUCAAAUGUCCCUUGUGUCGAAAAGAGUACUACGUUGAUACAUUUGCUCCAGUGAAAACUCGACAAUACGGAGAACAAAAUAAUCACUAUGCAGAAACAUCUUUCUCAAGUCAAGGGAUUUUAACAACUAUUUCAGAAAGAGUUGAAGCUGCAGGAGAUAGACGUUUGGCUGACCGAGUGAUCAGGAGCAAUAAUGGCCCAGCAAUCAAUCAGAGACCACAAACGUAUUCUUAUAACAAAUCAGAAUGUGUCUGUUGUCGGUCGUGUAUUAAAGCCGCGGCAUUUGGAGUUUGUAUGUUGCAUUUAAUCUUAGUUGCUAUUGCAAGAGUUCUUUUAGGUUUAUUUUCUGGUCCUUUCACAAGCACAUGGAACGGUUGUGUCAUUUCUCAAAUGCUUAAAGGAGCAUCUGAUUUCAUUAUUGCAAUAACUCUUUGGCGAAAUGUGAAAUGUCGUUAUCGUAAAUAUCUUUUCUUGGUUCUAAUACUGGCUUCAGUUAUAGUGACGGGUUUUGGUACGCAUUUCAUAUGGACAGAAUGUUUUUUUGGAGACUUCCUUGGAUGGUAUAUAAUAGUGGACUGGCUGAUGAUAUUCUGCAUAACUCUAUACAUGUACUGUUUAGUUAAAGACGACUGAUUAACUAUGAAUAACUUUCAAAACAUCUAUGUCUUAUCUGAUGAAAGAUAUAUGUACGAAAUAAAACAGGACAUUAUCCAAACAUUUUACCAAUUAAAAAUGAUUUAUUGUGCAUAGUUUAAUGAUAUAUUUUUAUCUGAACCGAUAUCAGUUUUAUAUACUUCAUGUAAUCAUCAUAGAUCAGGAUGAAUAUUCAUCAUAACCUUAACAUUUUCUUGCAUGUUUAGAAUUUACAUUUAACAUAUACUAGUAUUAUGAGACCAUAUAUUUAAAAGGAUCCAAAUUAUGUCCCUUCUCGGGAAAUUUCAUGUAUGGUCAAUAAAUAAAUAAAAAUGAGC